GGUCACGAACAGAGUUCGAUACCGCUCUAUAGGUCGCAACCGCCAGCAUGGCUUCCAAAGGCUCAUACUGCAGGAGAACUUGGAUAUCCUGGCUUCUAUCCUCCUCAUUCAGGUCAAGAGGAAGACAUCCUUUCGGAUUCCAAUAUCAAGAAUGGCUUCGUCCUUCCUCCCAGUGUGCAGAUGGAAACAUACAGCGCUCAAAGCACUGUUACAGAGAGUUUGCAUGGACCGGAUACUAUCUCCAAACUGGAAGAGCUAAUGAAUGAGGUGUUUGCUAGACGAUUGCAUCAAAUACCAUCGAUCCCUCUUUCCACCUUCCGUGUUCCUUCUCGAGUGACUUUGAAUGACGCUAAACGUCAAGCCUGGUUCGCCGACCUCGCCAAUCCGGACGUCCCUCUCAAUAAGCUCGGGAAAAGCGUUCCCCAUGGAGCUAAAGGUCACGACUUGCUCGAUCUCCUCCAUUCCAACAACGUCGCCAUACCUCGAGCGGUUUGGUUUUUACGCGUGUUUGGGGCCAACGAAACGGCGGGUCUGCGAAACAGGCCAUCAUACAAUCCUACACAGUACAGCGUGGAAUGGGCAGGCGUUGUAACCGGUUAUAUGAAGAAACAAUUGGCUGACAUCGCCCUUCCCAGUGCGCCACGCCCCGGAAUGAAUAUCAAACAAACGUUCAAGGGUGUUUUGGCGGACACGGCUACUCGGGAUCGCUGGAUUUCUCGGUUCACUUACUGUCUGAAGCUUUUGAGGGCAUUUUAUAAGGAGGGACUGGUGGAUCGACGCACUUUUCUGAUGGGAAUCUGUAACUUAGCCCAGGCGGGCUUUAUAGCGCGCAUAGCAGAUGAAUAUCUUGAAGGGAUGAUGAGCAGUCGACCUCUGAGUCGACCGUUUGUGGAAGCAUGCGUCUCAAAGUUAUAUGAGAUUGGAUCCUCCUCUUCAAGGGAUUUUUUGGUUGAUACUGAAGGCCUGCUGAAAGCCAUACUUCAGCGUUUUUGUCUAGCCUUGCCUGAUGCCUUCGUCAGUCCAAGGAUGUGGGCGACACAUUCUGGCCUUUUGCGAGCUGUUUUGACAGAGAACAUAAUGGAUCAGACCUUCGAUGAUCAAAAUCCGAACGAGAUCCACCAAGACUUAAUAAGGAAUGUCACCGAUAUUCAGCGGCGCAAUGAAGCCAUGCUCUUUUACAAUCUACCUCCCCUCGCCUCUGAUCGUCUUGGUUCAUCGGUACUGGACAUCAAGCUUCUCAAUUCAAUAUCCAGGACGACCGAUAUUAACUCGAUAUCUUUCUUUUCGGAUAGCAUCCUGGACGAUCCAAAGCACAAACUAGAUAUGCUACUCACAUGGAGUGUCACACCUCUCCAGUUUGGCGAUCAUAGGCCCUUUGCCGCCGUCACUUUAAUCAGGAACUGGCGUCAGCGUGCUGGCGAGCGAGCUUUGCGACGGGAGGACCGAUCACCAGAUGAAUUUAUACAGGAUCAGUUGUUCAACUGGCUUGAUUCGUCGGAAGUGGCUGGGGACCCGAAGAAUAUUCGUGCUGUUGCUCUAUUAUUCGGUAAACUCAUACAACGCGAAUUGUUUUCCUACGGAAGCUAUAUACAACGUCUCAUUGCUCGUGGAGAGCAAGGAAUGUCCUUCAAAGAUGCUGUUGAAUCGCGGCACCGUCUGUUUCUUCGCUGGAUCUCACUAUCGGAACCUUCGCAACUGAACCAAAGGAAGGUCACUUUAUAUGGUGUCCGUGCGAGAGAUACACCGGAAGAAGGCACGGAACGGCAAAUGCGGAAGGAAAUCAGAGCAGUGAUGCCAGCAACUUCUCCUGAUGCUCUCUUUCAGCGGUGUCAGACUUUCAUCUCUUCGCCGCUCUACGAGCAAGUACGCACAUUGAAGCUGUGGCUCUUACCAAUUUUGGAAAAAAGCAUUUCAAGUACAUCUGUGAUUGAUAAUGUGCUCAAAUCGUACUGCAUUGCUGUAGAACUCAUGGCUGAGACAAAAUGUUUCCGGUCAAUCUUGAAUCUCACUCUCUGUUUACUGGAGCACGCAUCCACGACCGAUAGCCUGAAUACAGCGAUCGACACACUCCGCCGUUUUCAUACUCUCUGGUCGUGCAUGGAUGUCGUCGGAUCAAUCGUAACUAGUCUACAGACUGCCCAUCAGAUCUGGAAAAGUAAGGGCAUGCAGACCCGUGUUCUACUUGUUCUACUGAAAGAACUCGACGACAAUCGAUAUCUCUCGGCCCAGGAACGAGAGCAACUCAAUGCGGAAAUCUCAUACUAUUCAAUGACGCUCCAACCUGUCAUUGUGGGACAUCCUGAACCAGUUCCCAGUUCCACUCUCGCUAAUGGCCUAUGGAUAAAGUAUCGAAUGUCAUUUGACUGGGCAUGGAAAGUUUGGGACAAUACUAUUGCGAGUCUUCGUCAAAUUCCUUUCAUGGCGCCCGACACCGAGGGUAGAAGGGGCUGUGCCUUACGAUAUGCGACAUUUCUCCGUCAUGUAGAUCACCUUCUUCCUACUGGUCUUGAUGACCAUGUCCUUGGAUGGUUCCUAGGACCGGGUAAAAGUGAGGUCGUAAAUCUGACGGCAGACGUAUGGGAUAUUGUCACUCUCCUGUUACUUUGUCUGGUAGUUCAUGGCGCUCUCAAGACUACAACGAUCAUGACCGGCCUCGUCUAUCCUGCGUGGCAAUGUGCUUCAUCAUCUGUGGAAUUGCCGCCACAACAGAUGGAAGUUUUCCUUGCCGCCGCUAACAACCUUGUUCAAGGGCUGUUGCUUCGCGGGGAGGGUAGUUCUGGAAUCAUGCCACCAUGCGAUCUUUUCGACGUUCAACGGCUACAAACAAGAAAACAAGAUGUUUACUGCGAGCCACAUUUUCCCGUUUUGGUGUCUAAUAUUCCUGUUUUGGUAUCCUUAGAGAACAACGAAAGGAUACCGGAACAUCUACGGACAGAGCUCAAGGUCAUACGGCACUCGCUUUACGAGGAUGACAACUUUCGACAGGGUACGUUCCGUAAUUUGGACGCUCUUCGGGAGGCAUUCGAACAAGCUAUGCAGCUUAAGGAGAACACAAGCCCCGAAGUGGGCGAUCGGACUAUGGCUGCUCUACGCAUGAUCUUUUCUGAGGCCCCAGAUGAAGACAUCGAAAUAUCCAGUUGGCCCGAAAAGUCUUCAUUUCUAAGCCCUUGGAUGAUAUCUGCUACUACAAUCCAGCUGCAGUUUUUCCUCAAGCAGAUGGAGCGCUCUAUCAACAAAGAGUCACACGCCUAUGACACGGCUUGUAUGACGCUGGACAAAUUGACCUCUGUCAUAUUCGACCACACACUUUCAUCUGAUGAAGCUUGUUUCGUUACGCAAAUGACGCAAGGGGUGGGCUCUGCAGUGGCUGGAAAGAUAAUCAACAACGGCUUGCGCUUUUUGACCGACGUCCUUCGGGACCCAUCUUCAGACACGGGCACUUCUCUGGCUCGUGCUGGGGAGUCAUUCAGGAUCCUGAUCUACGUUGCGGAGCCUCUACGGCAAGAGUCAGCCCAACUUCCUGUUCUUGAUUCCGAUGUCCAGGACAUGUUCUUUUCGACCCUCUGUAGCAAGUUUGCUAGUAUCGAAGAAGCCACUCGUAAUCCGGAUGCGAUUACUGUUGAUCAGACAGACUUCACCCAAGAGGUGGUUCUUUUGGCGAGGUUCCUGCAGUUUGACUUGAGCUUCGAAGGUGCAUGGACAGCUAGUACUACCGAGUUAAGUCGCAAAUUGUGCGCAAGUUUGUAUCGGAUUACCCUGCUGUUUGCUUCGGGAAAUACUUUCGACCCUAUAGCCUAUCCACUCAUUUUGGAUACUCUGUACUAUCUUAUCGAUGAAACGCCGACCUCGACGAAAAUGAAUGCUUUUGACCCAUUCAUUAAUUACCCAGAAAUCAACCCCUCUGACUUUGCCCCAGAUAUACCCUUUCAUUACCUCACCCAGCUACGCUCGUUAUUACCCCAUCUUCCUGCUGUCUCCUCCGUUGCGGAUCUAGCGUCCUGUCAUCGAGACCCGUCAGGCAAACUUGUGCAGGAUGCCCCUGUGGUAAACCGACCAUGGGAAUGGAUAGAAAACCUGGGAGAGCCAUCCGUUCCCGAGGAGCGGUUCCGGGAGAACGAUGAUGGAGUAAAGUAUCAGGUAAAGAACUCUGGUUCGAUCUCUUUGGACACGUUUGGGGCGCGAAUGACUGGAGAGGGAAUUAUCACAGACAAAUACGACGACGAGAGGAUAGAGGCAAACAUGAGGAUGUUUGAGGAUGGUCUGUCCGCUGAUAAUGUUUUCAAACGUGAUUGGCGGGAGACGAGGCUGCAGAUCGAGGUCGAAGGAAUGGUAUUAACUGGAGGUCGCAAGGCUGGCAUGAGCGGGAGUCAGGAACUGGGAGCGCGAGUGGCGUCUCCCGGGGCUUCUUCGUCCCGUAUUGGGAAAAGCCCUGCCCGUUCAUCUUUGCACCGAUCCACAAACUCGACGAGGAGCGGAAGCGUUGAGAUCAUUGACGUGGAUAGCGUGAAGGGGGUUAAACGGAAGGCAGGAACGAGCGAUGAUGAGGUGAUCAUCGUUGACGGCCCUUCCAAGGGCAGCAGCUCGAGUUCUAAAAAGUCCAAGCCGAAACCGAAGGUGCGGAAGCGUUGAUGGCGCCCGGUUUUCUUCCUAUUGUUUUUUUUUCUUUCUAUUUUUGUUGUCAUCUGAACAGUUUCUUUUUUAUGUGCAUUGUAAACGUAUCGCACCAUCUUGUAGCUAACUGUAGUAUGCUAAAAGCUAAUGAAUGUAGAAGCGCACCCAUUGCCGUGCCGCUUUGAUGCCGCCAUCAUAUCACUU